AUGAAGUUAUUUGAUUCAGUUACUUCUUCUAUGGGACUAGUGAUCAUAUCAUUGACCUCUUGGCUAUUCUUGAUCAAACCGAAUGGAUGUGGAGAUGGAAUACUAAAUUGCAUACCCCCAUCUCCAAUUGGCACUGCAUUAUUUUACCUAGCCAUAUACUUAGUGGCUUUGGGCUAUGGAGGCCACCAGCCCACAAUUGCAACUUUUGGAUCAGACCAAUUUGAUGAAGCAAAUCCCAAAGAAAAAAUAUCAAGGGCAGCUUAUUUUGGCUACUUCUAUUUUGCACUAAAUGCUGGAUCUUUAAUUUCCAACACAAUUUUGGUCUAUUAUGAAGAUGGUGGUAAAUGGACACUUGGCUUUUGGGCCUCCACUGCUGCAGGGCUUUUGGGCCUAUUUAUUUUCUUGUUGGGAACUCCUGGAUAUAGGUAUGUUAAGUCGUUUGGGAACCCGUUGCCACGUGUCGCUCAAGUAUUUGUUGCCGCGUUCCGUAAGUGGCGUGUGCCUAAUGUUAAUGGGGCAGAGCUAUAUGAAAUGGAUGGCUCAGAAUCAAGCAUUAAAGGAACCAGGAAAAUCCUUCAUAGUAACGAUUUCAGGAAACUAGACAAGGCAACAAUAAUGACAGAAGAAGAUAGACAAAGGCCAGUGACCAACCCAUGGAGGCUAUGCACUAUCACACAAGUGGAAGAAGCAAAGUGCAUUAUAAGAAUGUGUCCAAUUUGGCUAUGCACCAUAAUGUACUCAGUGAUCUUUACUCAAAUGGCCUCUUUAUUUGUUGAGCAAGGUGAAGUCAUGGAUGCUACGAUUGGUCAUUUUCGCCUACCAAGACCAAGAUGUCAAGCAUUUGACAUAUGCAGCGUGCUAACGUGCACGUUCAUGGUGGUACCAUUAGCCGAGAAGAUUAGCGGGAAUCCAAGGGGAUUAACUGAGCUUCAGAGGAUGGGAGUUGGACUAGUUAUCGGUAUGCUAUCGAUGGUUGCAGCAGGGGUAACGGAAAUUGUCAGGCUAAGAAGAGUAAUCCCUGGAAAUGAAACAAGUUCACUAAGCAUUUUUUGGCAAAUUCCACAAUACAUUCUUGUUGGUGCCUCAGAGGUUUUUAUGUAUGUUGCACAACUUGAAUUCUUCAAUGGACAAGCACCUGAUGGGAUAAAAAGCCUAGGGAGUUCACUUUGCAUGGCAUCAAUGUCACUAGGAAAUUAUGUUAGUAGCAUGCUUGUGAAUAUGGUUAUGCAAAUCACAGCAAGAGGGACAAGGCAUGGAUGGAUACCUGAGAAUUUAAAUAAUGGCCACAUUGAUAGGUUCUAUUUCUUGCUAUUUGGUUUGGCUUUGGUUGAUUUGGUUGCAUUUGUGUUGUUUGCUAAGUGGUACAAAGGGAUCAAUUUUGAAGGAAGCAAUAGUGGUGGUGGUGAUGAUUCUUGCACAAAGGGUGGAGAAAAAGAGUGUCAAGUUCUUGAUCAAGUUUGAACAUUUCAAGAAAGUUUGGUUCUUUUUAGGAAUUUAGCGUAAUGUAGUUUUGUUAGUGAAAUAAACUUAAAGCAUGAACCUUUUAUGUGAUCAUUUUAAAGGGCAUGAUUGCUUCUAGUUUUUUCUAUGUUAUUAUUUAUGUUAGGGGUUCCCUAGCUAUGAAGUUAUUUGAGUCAGAAGAUGUUACUUCUUCUAUGCUAAUAA